AUGCAGGCUAAUAAAUUGCCACAAAAUCCUCGCGAAUCGGCGGGAAUAUUUUCCUCCCUGAUGUUUUGCUUUGCCCUGCCCAUUCUCUUUACGGGCAGAAAGAAAACCCUGGAGCCCACGGAUCUCUAUCAGGCUCUGAAAGGACACAAAGCUGAUAGUUUGGGUGAUAAGUUUUUCGAAACCUGGCAGGCUGAAGUCAAGUCCUGUCGUAAUAAUCCCAAAAAGGUACCAAGCAUUAUAAAGGUUAUCCUUAGAGUAUUUGGUUGGCAAUUAUUGAUAUCAGGCUUGGUUAUUGCUAUACUGGAAUUGGGAACGAGAGGUACCUUUCCCCUUCUGUUGGGUGCUUUAAUAGCCGAGUUCACAGCUAAUGGCAAUGGCGAUGGAGUCAAGGCUCAAAUCUAUGGGAUUACUUUGAUACUAACUACUUUAGCAGGAGUUGUUUUAUUCCAUCCUUUUAUGAUGGGAAUGAUGCACCUGGCCAUGAAAAUGCGAGUUGCUGUAAGUACAGCGAUUUAUAGAAAAGCUCUCCGGUUGAGUCGCACUGCUCUGGGAGAUACAACCACGGGUCAGGUGGUUAAUCUUUUGUCCAACGAUUUAGGACGCUUUGAUCGUGCCUUAAUUCACUUCCACUUCCUGUGGCUGGGACCUCUGGAACUGCUCAUAUCCGCAUAUUUCCUCUACCAACACAUUGGAGUAGCAUCGCUUUAUGGCAUUGGAAUUUUACUACUCUAUCUGCCAGUUCAAACCUAUCUAAGUCGACUCACUUCCAAACUAAGAUUGCAAACGGCACUGAGAACUGAUCAACGUGUAAGAAUGAUGAAUGAGAUUAUAUCUGGCAUACAGGUGAUAAAAAUGUACACCUGGGAGAAACCAUUCGGAAGGCUGAUUGGACAGCUGCGACGCAGUGAAAUGAGCUCCAUUCGCAAGGUGAACUAUAUCAGGGGAACGCUUCUCUCCUUUGAAAUUACUCUGGGAAGAAUUGCGAUAUUUGUGAGCCUCCUGGGAUUUGUCCUAAUGGGCGGAGAACUAACAGCAGAGAGAGCCUUCUCGGUGACAGCUUUCUAUAAUAUCCUGCGGCGUACGGUGAGCAAAUUCUUUCCCAGUGGCAUGUCACAAUUCGCAGAGAUGCUUGUUACCUUGAGGAGAAUUAAGGCAUUUAUGAUGCGCGAUGAAGCUGGUAUUCCUUCUCUUGAGGGUGCCAAGAAAACCAAACUUCUCAAUAAAGAUAUUGAACCUCUAGUGGAAUUGGAAUCCUUUCAAGCACGUUGGAAUCGAGAGCACACGGAACCCAUAUUGGAUAAUGUAAAUCUCCGUCUGAAGCCUCCGCAAUUGGUGGCAGUCAUAGGACCCGUGGGCUCUGGUAAAUCCAGCCUUAUACAGGCCAUUCUGGGAGAACUUCCUGCAGAAUCUGGAAAGCUGAAUGUGAGAGGAAUACUAUCCUAUGCCUCCCAGGAACCCUGGCUCUUCAAUGCCUCCGUUCGUGAUAACAUUCUCUUUGGCUUGCCCAUGGAUAAGCAUCGCUAUCAUAAUGUUAUACGAAAAUGUGCCCUGGAACGAGACUUUGAACUGCUUCAAGGAGAUCGCACUUUGGUGGGCGAACGAGGUGCCUCUCUCUCUGGAGGUCAAAGAGCUAGAAUCAGUCUGGCUAGAGCCGUAUAUCGCCAGGCGGAUAUAUAUUUACUCGAUGAUCCCCUGAGUGCCGUGGAUACCCAUGUCGGUCGUCAUCUAUUCGAGGAAUGUAUGCGAGGUUUCCUUCGAGAUAAACUAGUGAUCUUGGUCACCCACCAACUACAAUUCUUGGAACAUGCCGAUCUCAUAGUGAUUAUGGAUAAGGGAAAAGUCACAGCCGUUGGGACCUACGAGGAGAUGCUCAAAAGUGGUCAGAACUUUGCCCAAUUGCUGGCUCAGCAAGCCCAUGAAGAAAACGAAGAUUUUGUACAGGAACAGGAUGAAAGUAAAGGAGAUAAAUCCAAUUACUCACGACAAAGCAGCCGGCAGAGCCGAGUUAGUGUGGACUCUAUGGAUUCUGGCAAGGAUUCUAUUAUCGAGGAUGAGAGAAAGCCAGUGCAGGAGGCUCGUUCCACGGGGAAAAUUGGCCUAAGCAUGUAUGGAAAAUAUUUCUCGGCAGGGUCUGGUUGGUUUCUAGUGAUCUUGGUGGCAUUCUUUUGCCUGGGCACUCAACUUCUAGCCUCUGGUGGAGAUUACUUCUUGUCCUACUGGGUAAAGAACAAUAACUCAUCUUCAUCGUUGGACAUUUAUAUCUUCAGUGGCAUCAAUAUAGCCCUGGUGAUCUUUGCUCUUCUGCGAACCCUUUUAUUCUUCAGCAUGGCCAUGCAUUCCUCAACUCAGUUGCAUAAUUCAAUGUUCCAUGGCAUUUCCCGAACGGCCCUCUAUUUCUUUCAUUCGAAUCCUUCGGGAAGGAUACUGAAUCGUUUUGCCAUGGACCUGGGACAAGUGGAUGAAGUCCUGCCCGCUGUAAUGCUAGAUUGCAUUCAAAUAUUCUUAACAAUCAGUGGCGUUAUAUGUGUACUUUGCAUCACAAAUCCUUGGUAUUUGAUCAACACAACGACAAUGUUUGUGGCAUUUCAUUUCCUGCGGAAAUUCUAUCUGAGCACCUCGAGGGAUGUGAAGAGAUUGGAGGCGGUGGCCAGAUCCCCGAUGUACUCUCACUUUAGCGCCACUUUGAAUGGAUUACCCACAAUCAGAGCCUUAGGUGCUCAGGAGCUGCUUACCAAGGAAUAUGAUAACUACCAGGAUCUGCACAGUUCUGGAUAUUACACUUUCCUCUCCACAAGUCGAGCAUUCGGUUACUAUUUGGAUCUAUUCUGCGUGGCCUAUGUGAUAUCAGUGACUUUGACAAGUUAUUUUAACCCACCGCUGGAUAAUCCUGGACAAAUUGGAUUGGCCAUCACUCAGGCCAUGUCCAUGACUGGCACUGUACAGUGGGGAAUGCGUCAAUCGGCGGAAUUGGAAAACUCCAUGACAUCUGUGGAAAGAGUCCUGGAAUAUAAGGAUCUGGAGUCAGAGGGAGAAUUUGAAUCUCCAGCGGAUAAAAAACCACCGAAAGAGUGGCCUCAAAAGGGAGAAAUUAAAGCGGAUGAACUCAGCUUGAGAUAUAAUCCAGAUCCCAAAACGGAUAAUGUGCUGAGAUCCCUUAAGUUUGUGAUCCAACCUUGUGAGAAAGUGGGAAUUGUGGGUAGAACGGGAGCAGGCAAAUCCUCUCUUAUAAAUGCCCUAUUUAGACUCUCCUAUAAUGAUGGAUCCAUGGUGAUAGAUAAUAAAGAUAUAGCUGCAAUCGGUCUGCAUGAUCUACGUAGCAAGAUAUCCAUAAUACCCCAGGAACCGGUGCUAUUUUCUGGUACUAUGCGCUAUAAUCUCGAUCCCUUUGAACAGUAUUCCGAUGACAAGUUGUGGGAGGCCCUUGAGGAGGUUCACCUCAAAGAGGAAGUCUCCGAGCUGCCCACAGGUCUUCAGAGCAUGAUUUCCGAAGGUGGGGCUAACUAUAGUGUUGGUCAGAGGCAGUUGGUCUGCCUGGCCCGUGCCAUUCUUAGAGAGAACCGCAUCCUAGUGAUGGAUGAAGCCACGGCAAAUGUGGAUCCCCAAACGGAUGCCUUGAUACAGUCCACCAUUCGAAGGAAGUUCAGGGAUUGCACUGUUCUGACCAUUGCCCAUAGGUUAAAUACGAUUAUAGAUUCGGAUAAGGUAAUGGUUCUAGAUGCGGGAAAUCUGGUGGAGUUUGGCACUCCCUAUGAACUCCUCACGCAGUCCAAGCGACAGAUCUUUUAUGGGAUGGUAAUGGAGACGGGACGAGCCAGUUUUGAGCAUCUCUUGAAGAUAGCUCAACAGGUAAACGAGACUAAGUUGCGCAGCAAAUCGGAGUAAUCAAAAAAAGAUUUUGAAACGUUAUGCCAGAAACAUUGAACUACUUUAUUAUAAUUUCUAUAUGAAAGACCAUAUUAA